ACACUUUACUCCCGCGGAGAUUGGUUGUUGUGUUGUCUUACUGAGACACUACGAGAUGAGUUUGUUUGCACUCGUCGUGAUCGCGCUGGUGAUCGCGCUGGCAUGGCUCACGUGUAGAGGAAACGGCCGCUCGAAGCCUCCAUCAGUUCACGAGCAGUCUGGUCAUGGCUACUCCCCAGAAUCUUUAUCUCCUGAAAAAGAGGUGCACAGCGACAGGCAUUGCAGUGCGCAGCGGCAGAACAAGGGCCACGAUGCCUCGACGCGCGAGGUGAUACUGGAUCGCCUCAAGAAGAACGGCGCAAAGUGGGCCCUAGGUGGCGACGAGGGUGACUUGAAAUUUGUAAUUGAGCGACUUGGAAGAAGAAAAGUAUUGGAGUGACUGUGGAUACUUUCAUCAUUCCAUAUAAUAAAUAUCUCAGAAAAUCAAUGAU